AUUCACUCACUCACUCACACUCUCUCUAUUCAAACUAUUGUCAUUCGUUUCUUCAGUCACUCUUUUACCCAACUCGUUCGUUUUACUCGACUCUAGUAGUCACCCUCGUUUACCGAAUUUUUCUUAUAUACUCAUCAUGAAGUGGUACACGCUCGUUCUCGCUGCCUCUGCUGCCCUGGUUAUGGCAUCACCUAUUCCAACCUCUUCUAUCUCACCAAAUGGGCCGUGCCCUCAAUCUAAAGUCGAUGCUAUCCUUAAAGGCGACAUGGAUGCAUCCGAAUGCUGCUCAUACGGCAAAUGUAAGGGCGAUGUAGUCAUCUCGGUUGGAGAAUAAGACUGUAUCGCCUCAACUCACACACUCACUCGAACUUAACGACGUUACGAACACACCACUGCAUACUAGCAUACACAGUCCUUAUCUGAACGACCGCAACACAGGCUACAAGAGAGAAUCCAGCUCUUGUUCCUACACUCCACGGAUUUCAUAC